AUGGCCGCUCCCGCCCACACAUUCAAGGUCGCCGACAUCUCGCUCGCUGCCUUUGGCCGCCGCGAGAUCGAGCUCGCCGAGGUUGAGAUGCCUGGUCUCAUGGCCAUCCGUGCCAAAUAUGCUGCUGACCAGCCUCUUGCCGGUUCCCGCAUUGCUGGUUGCUUGCACAUGACCAUUCAGACUGCUGUCCUCAUCGAGACCCUCACUGCCCUCGGUGCUGAGGUCACCUGGACCAGCUGCAACAUCUUCUCCACCCAGGACCACGCUGCUGCCGCCAUUGCUGCUUCCGGUGUCCCUGUCUUCGCCUGGAAGGGUGAGACCGAGGAGGAGUACGAAUGGUGCUUGGAGCAACAGCUCAACGCCUUCAAGGAUGGCAAGAAGCUCAACUUGAUCCUCGACGACGGUGGUGAUCUUACCUCUCUCGUCCACAAGAAGUACCCCGAACAGCUCAAGGACUGCUACGGUGUCUCCGAGGAGACCACCACUGGUGUCCACCACCUCUACCGUAUGUUGAAGGAAGGCAAGCUCCUUGUUCCUGCCAUCAACGUCAACGACUCCGUUACCAAGUCCAAGUUCGACAACCUUUACGGAUGCCGUGAAUCCCUCAUCGACGGUAUCAAGCGUGCUACCGAUGUCAUGAUUGCCGGUAAGGUCGCUGUCGUUGCCGGUUUCGGUGACGUCGGUAAGGGUUGCGCCCAGGCUCUUGCCUCCAUGGGUGCCCGUGUCAUUGUCACUGAGAUCGACCCCAUCAACGCUCUCCAGGCUGCCGUCUCCGGAUUCCAGGUCACCACCAUGGAGGAGGCUGCUCCCGUCGGUCAGAUCUUCGUCACCACCACUGGUUGCCGUGACAUCCUCGUUGGCCGCCACUUCGAGGUCAUGAAGAACGACGCUAUUGUUUGCAACAUUGGUCACUUCGAUAUUGAGAUUGACGUUGCUUGGCUUAAGGCCAACGCCAAGUCUGUCCAGAACAUCAAGCCUCAGGUUGACCGCUUCCUCAUGGCCAACGGCCGUCACAUCAUCCUCUUGGCUGAGGGUCGUCUCGUCAACUUGGGUUGUGCUACCGGCCACUCUUCCUUCGUCAUGUCUUGCUCUUUCUCCAACCAGGUCUUGGCUCAGAUCGCUCUCUACAAGGCUGGAGAUGCUGCUUUCGGUGCCAAGUACAUCGAGUUCGGCAACGAGGGUAAGCGCCCCGUCGGUGUCUACGUCUUGCCCAAGAUCCUCGACGAGCAGGUUGCCAAGCUCCACUUGGAGCACGUCAACGCUAAGCUCUCCACCCUCACCCCCGUCCAGGCUGAAUACCUUGGUUUGGAUGUUGCCGGUCCUUUCAAGAGCGACAUCUACCGCUACUAA